AAACCAUAAUAACAAACAAAACUACUCAUAUUUUUAUUGUAAAAGUAUUAAAAACAAGAGAAUUACCGCAACAAAAUGUCUUUGGUACCUUUGCUAAGUGAAUUGGACGCCUUCAGUGAUGUGGAACAAUUAUUGGAGGACACUUUUGGCGUGGGCAUACAUCCAGUAGACAUCUUCCGUCCCUAUCAACGUUCAGUAGUAUUGCGACAACCACGACGUCGCUACAAUCCAUACAUCGUCGCCAAAUAUCAACGUCCUGGCCGUGGUAAAUUAGAUGAAUUACAAAAAUCUGAACUACAAGUUCCACAAGUUGGCAAAGAUGGUUUUCAAGUGUGCAUGGAUGUUGCACAAUUUACGCCCAAUGAAUUGACUGUCAAAACUGUGGAUCGCACUGUUGUCGUUGAGGGCAAACACGAGGAGCGUGAGGAUGAACAUGGUUUCAUUCAAAGACACUUCAUACGCAAAUAUACUUUGCCCAAAGGCUAUGAUCCAAAAGAUGUAGUAUCCACCAUAUCAUCGGAUGGCGUUUUAACCGUUAAGGCUCCUCCACCACCCAGCAAGACUAAAAAUAAUAAUGAACGUAUUGUCCAAAUACAGCAGACAGGUCCGGCUCAUUUAAGUGUUAAACAGCCGGACGAGGCCAAAAAUAAGGAGAACGCUGAAGCUGAGAAGAUGGAAACGAAAUAGACGUGUUGAUUUCCAUGAUCUUUUAAUUUUAAGCACAUUUUCCAUUUCCGUAACUUUUAUUUCAACAAUAACCAUUUUUAUUAAUUUUAAAUCUUAAAAUAUACAACUACUGUGUAGUCAUUUAAGUUAAAACUCAAAUAAAACACUUUACUUAAUAAAAGUAAAUCAA